CCCAUUCUUCUUGGAUAGAUCAAAGCCUCGUGGGAUGAUGCAUGAAGAUAGAAUCACCGAUUUGCCGAGUGAUAUUCUCGUAUCUAUAAUCUCUCGAUUAACAAUCCAUGAAGCGACUUCUACUAGUAUACUUUCAUCUCGUUGGCGACAUCUUCAUGCCUACAACACUCAUCUCAAUUUCACAAAAUAUGCAAUCGGUGAAAUGGAUCGAAUCAUUUACAGGAGUCAGUAUGACCUAGAUAGAGUAGUCAAUCAUGUCUUGAAUUCACAUAGAGGCAGUCGGAUAAAAGAGUUUACGUUUGACCUUCAUAGAUGUGGUGUGUUUUAUGAGAUUGAGAGGUACUUCGAGUUUGCCCUAACUAGGAAAGCCGAAAUGAUUCAUAUUUCACCAGGCCGUCUUACAUUUCGUAGACUUCCAGAUAGGAAUGGUCUUGAAUGUCUUAAAGAUCUAUCUCUAAUUAGCAUUGAAAUGAGUGAUCAAUACUUUCAGUUUGUGGUCUCCAAUUGUCCUAUUCUAGAAUGUUUGACAGUUAAAAAUUGUAGCAAGUUGGAAAAUGUGGCAAUAGUUGGCCCCUCCAAAUUGAAGCGUUUGAACUUGUCUUUUCUUUCGGGAAUUAGAUCCAUGGUGAUUCGCAACGCUAUUAGUUUGGUUUCUCUGACAUGCUUUGAAUGCAGAAGAGAAUGUAGUGUGCAACUAAGUAAUAUCCCGAAGCUUACGAAACUCAAUCUUAGAGACAGUCGUUAUAGUCGAACUCAAGUUGAGUUCAUUUCCCAAAUGCCAUAUUGCAUACGCGACCAACUCCAACUACUGCGCCUCUCAUAUGCGUACUAUUCAUCUUCAGAUCUGUGCAAGUUGAAUCUUGAGUUGUUGAAUAAUUCGUGGCUUCAAUUCGUAAAUAUGAAAUAUCUAGAAUUGGUGAUAGAUAAGACGACCAUACAUGACUACUAUUAUGUUUCACGAUAUGCUUGUCGUUGGGUUGCAGCAUUUUGUACCCUGGAAGAUGUCGGACACGACUGGGGAAGUUGA